CUUUCCCGCCGUCCCCGCCAAUUUCCCCGCCUCUCCGCUUCCUCCGGCACUUCCGCCGCCUCCGUACAACAACAAGAAGAAGAGUAUGAAUCGAUGCUGCCGGAAAUCGAGGCGUUCGAAUUCGAGAGAAGCGCGGGGGCGGCGGAAGAUAUGAGGAAGGUGUCAAGCGCGGCGGAGGUGGAGGUGAAGGAGCUGAAUGAGCUGCCGGAGGAGUGGCGAAGGGCGAGGCUGGCGUGGCUGUGCAAGGACCUUCCGGCUCACAAGUCGACGGCUGUGAAGAUACUGAAUGGGCAGAGGAAAUGGAUGAGGCAGGAAGAUGCCACGUAUCUCGCCGUCCAUUGCAUGCGCAUUCGCGAGAAUGAAACUGCUUUUAGGGUAUACAAGUGGAUGAUGCAACAGAGUUGGUACCGAUUUGAUUUUGCUCUUGCCACUAAGCUAGCUGAUUAUCUUGGUAGAGACCGAAAGUUUUCAAAGUGCCGCGAGGUAUUUGAUGAUAUUAUCAAUCAAGGUCGUGUUCCUAGUGAGUCAACUUUCCAUAUAUUAGUUGUUGCUUAUCUUAGUGCUCCUGUUCAAGGUUGUUUGGAUGAAGCAUGCAGCAUUUACAAUCGUAUGAUUCAGUUGGGUGGUUACCAGCCUCGUCUCAGCUUGCAUAAUUCCCUCUUCAAAGCUCUUGUCAGCAAACCCGGGAUGCUUUCGAAACAUUACCUUAGGCAAGCUGAGUUUGUAUAUCAUCAUUUGGUUACAAGCGGUUUUCAAGUGCAUAAAGAUAUUUAUGGUGGCUUAAUUUGGCUGCAUAGUUAUCAGGAUUCUGUAGAUAAAGAACGGAUAGACGAAAUAAGGGAAGAGAUGGUACGUGCCGGAAUUGAGCAGGGAGGGGAGGUGCUAAUAUCCAUCUUGAGGGUUUGUGCAAAGGUGGGGGACGCGGAGGAAGCUGAGAAGACUUGGUCCAAACUUCUUCAGCUUGAGAUUGAUCCCCCGCCUCAUGCGUUUGUGUAUAAAAUGGAAGUCUACUCGAAGGUUGGUAUGCCUAAGAAGUCUUUGGAGAUAUUUAAAGAGAUGCAGGAGAAACUAGAGACAACAAGUGCUGCAGCAUAUAACAAAAUAAUAGAGAUACUAUGCAAAGCACAAGAAUUGGAAUCUGCGGAAUCCAUUAUGACAGAAUUUUUGAAUAGUGGUUUGAAGCCACUGACACCAUCUUAUAUUAGUUUACUAAACAUGUACUACAAUUUGGAAUUACAUGAUAAACUCGAAGAGGCAUUCUUCCAGUGCCAGGAGAAAUGUCGUCAUAGCUGUACUGUAUACAGUAUAUAUUUGGAUUCAUUGGUGAAGGUUGGUAAUCUUGAAAAGGCUGAGAAUAUAUUUAACCAAAUGAAUCGCGAUGGAUCUGUCGGUGUUAAUGGCCGAUCAUGCAACAUUAUCUUGAGUGGAUACCUGUCCUCUGGAAAUCACUUGAAGGCUGCAAAGAUCUAUGACUUCAUGUGCCUAAAAAAGUACGAUAUUGAAGCUCCCUUGAUGGAAAAGCUUGACCAUCUCUUGAGCUUGAAUAGGAAAGUUGUUAAAAGACCAAUGAGCCUGAAGCUAACCAAAGAGCAGAGGGAAAUAUUAAUUGGGUUGCUUUUGGGUGGUUUGCAGAUUGAUUCUGAUGACCAAAGGAAGAAUCACAUUAUCCGUUUCGAUUUUAAGGUUAAUUCUAGCUACCAUUAUGUCCUGAAGAGUCAUAUACAUCGCCAGUUCUAUGAGUGGCUGCAUCCUUCAUUUAAGCCGAGUGGGGACAUUGACAAUGAGAAGAUACCAAACAAGUUUUGUACCAUUGCGAGCUCUCAAUUUGGCUUCUAUGCAGAACAGUUUUGGUCAAAGGGUCAGCCAACGAUUCCAACACUUGUCCAUAGGUGGUUGUCACCAUGUGUUCUUGCAUACUGGUACAUGUAUGGAGUGUCGUCCUUGGACUGUAAGGUAAAGAGGAAAGGGAGGGUAUUUUGGAUUGGUUUUCUGGGAAGCAAUUCAUCUUCCUUCUGGAAAUUGGUUGAACCUUAUGUUUUAGAAGAUGUAAGGGUGUUUCCUGAAGCAGGUGACCACACAUUGGAGGGGGGUUCAAUGGAAAAUGAGAACAUUAAUUUCAAUAGUGAUUCUGACUGAUGAACAUACACCACAUUCAUGAAUCAUGAUCGGAUUUGGAGCUGCUUUUAUUCAUCUCACUGACACUGAAGUGGCUGCUAUGUUGCAAACUUCUGAAAUACCCCUUUUGUAUAUUCUUAAUCCCCAAUUGCAUAGAGAAUGGACUUUCAUUGUAUUAGUUACAAAAAUAAAUUGAACUAUUAUUGUUAUUCUACAUAUUAAUCAAUCAAUAAUAUUAUGUAGCACUU